AUGGGUAAAGGCUCGCAACUUUCUCAACUCAAGGCUGCGCUCCAAAAUUCUGGCCUUGCUAGGAAGUCACAAUCUAAGCGUGGAGAGAAACGCAAGCGCGACUCGGCAAGUGAAGGCAAAGAUGGUCAACGGCGACAGGACAAGCUGGACAAGAUCGUCCAGGACCUCAACCCCUUCGAAGUCAAAGUGACGAGGCUUAAGCACGAUGUGGGAGGGAGAAAGCUGAAAGGUGUAACGGGUAGACCUGGUCUCACUAAGCAAGUCGGCAUAGAGACGCGCAAGAAAACCUUGCUGCCCGAGCUCGACACCCGGAACAAAGCAGGAUCCUUCGUCGACCGCCGAUUCGGAGAAAAUGAUCCUGGAAUGGCUCCGGAAGACCGUAUGCUCGAACGUUUCACCCGAGAACGACAGCAAGCCUCAAAAGGCGCCCUGUUCAAUCUGGACGAUGAUGUCGAGCUUACUCACUAUGGACAAAGCCUAUCUAUGAUGGAUGACUUCGACGACACAGGGAUGAAGCUCUCUGAUGAGGAAGGGGAAGAUGAUCACGGUCGCAUUGAUGCUGAGAUCGUGAGCAGAGGGCAUUUUGGUGGCUUCGCAGACGACGAUGAAGACCCCGACGCCCCACCUCGAAAGAAAAACAAGGCGGAAGUCAUGGCCGAGGUGAUUGCUAAGAGCAAGGAGCAUAAACACUUGCGGCACUUGGAGAGGGAGCGGGACGAUGCUCUGCGGCAAACCCUUGAUGAUGAGUUCGGCGACAUCAGAGGAUUGCUAUUCUCCAAUCAAUAUGCUAUACCAUCUGGUGAUCGGGAUACCCUACCAAACCGGGCGAGCAGCGGCAGUAACUCGAUUCCGAUCGGAAAACGUACCGCCAUCCCAAUAGUGCAAGGCGGAGCGGAAGACGGUGAUCAUAUACCCGUGCAAGAUGAGGAAUCGAAAUCAGACGAUGAUUACGAUAAAUUUGUUCGAGAAUUGGCUUUUGACAAGCGUUCGAAGCCAACAAAUCGACUUAAGACUGAGGAGGAGAUCGCGGAGGAAGAGAAAGAAAAGCUGGAAACUGCUGAACGGGCACGAUUACGGCGAAUGAGAGGAGAAGAGGAUGACGGCAGUGACGAGGAGGGUCACAAAAAAGCGAAACGGCGGGUCGCUCAAGCAGAUGACCUUGAUGACGGUCUGGAUCUGGGUGAGAAUAGCUUGGGCCUGGAUUAUGGGUUGGGUGAAGGUCUAGGGCAGGAGGACGAGCAUGACAGUGAAAGCGAGGAAGACGAGGACGAGGACGAGGACGAGGACGACGAAGAACAAAGUGAAGAAGACGAAAGUGCUUUCGAGUCGGAUCUGGAGGGCAACGAUUCACCAGAAGAUCUAGGUGUGGGGGAAACCAAAGAGCAGGCCGAACUUUCUGCUCGCCCAGCGAAGAAAACAAAUCCGAUCAAGUCGACCUCUAAAGAGCUACCAUUCAUAUUCCCGUGUCCAGAAACCCACGAAGAAUUCCUUGAAAUAGUCGAUGGCCUCGAUGGUUCUCAGAUUCCAGUUGUUGUGCACCGAAUUCGAGUUCGAUACCAUCCUAGCCUGGGCGUGGAUUACAAGGAGAAGCUGCAUGCGUUCUUACCUGUCCUUCUGGACCACGUCCUGUAUGCCUCAUCUCCGCCAACACCAUCAUACAGGCUGGUUGCUGGGCUUUUCCCCCAUAUCAAGGCACUGGCGACUACAUACCCUGUGAUUGCUGCUGAGGCUUUCAUUUCGAAACUUACGCUCAUGCAAAAGAACCUUUCGAGAGGGCUGGCACGAGGACCCACGAGCCCGGAAGCGAAAACCUGGCCUGGACCCGCCGAAUUGGCUCUGCUACGAUUGAUUGGCAUACUCUGGUCGACAAGCGACUUGGAACAUGGGGUCGUCACUCCAACUUUCCUUCUGAUGGGACAAUAUCUGGCACAAUGCCGCGUCCGGUCAUUGGCGGACAUGGCAUCUGGCUUGUUCUUAUGCACUCUGUGCCUGCAGUACACAGAACUGUCGAAGCGUCUUGUCCCAGAAGCUGUGAACUUCUUGAACAACGCGCUCCUUUACCUAUGUGCCCACGAUUUGCACACGUCACUUCUCCCUGGAUCUUUCCCCUCGCCCGACCUUAACUCGGAUAUCGUCAAUGCCAUGCGGCUAACCCCGAAUCAGUUCUACGGUGUCAAGCCAAAGCGACCAAAUUUACUCGCUGCACUCUCGGGGGAAAUUGAAGACGAUGUUCAAACCAAAGUUGAUCUGGUCGGCAUGGCCAUGACUCUCGUCCUCCAAGUUGCCGUGAAUUUAACUGCCUUAGAGGGCUUUAUCGAGUUAUUUGAGCCAACAUUGGAUAUUUUAGAGAAACUGAAUCAGGACAAGUACUCAGAAGGUCUCAAGAAAUUGCACUCACAGUCAGUUGAUGGACUGACUCGUAUGCUGAAAGUAUCUCGCCAGACUCGCCACCCGCUUCAUCUGCAAGCCCACAAGCCCAUACCAAUUGCCACCUACAUACCGAAGUUCGAUGAGGGCCAUCGCUGGUCGAAGCGGCAUGACCCUGACGCAGAACGGAAUGCAGCUGCCAAGCUGCGUGCCCAAUAUAAGGAGGAGCGCCGUGGUGCGAUGCGUGAACUGCGCAAGGACAAUCGCUUCCUGGCGAGCGAGAAGGCGAAGCGACAGAUGGAGAAGGAUCGGGCAUAUAAUGAACGUAUGCGCAAGGUCGAGGGCAGCAUUACAGAGGAACGGCACGAAGAGAAGCUGUAUGAAAAGGAGAAGAUGAAGCAGAAGCGUCGGGCUGGGAAGAAGUAGAUAUGGGCAUACAUUAGAGUGGGGAGAUGGAUGGCGUGUUUUACAUUUUGGCUAAUAUGAUCAUUCGCAAAUACCAUCAUCGCAGACACAUUUGAUUGCAUCAUGUUCGCCUUUUUUCACCCGACACAGAUGUUCGAUCUCCAAUCAACCCAACUUUGUCCACAUUCGGUGCUCCCCAAACGACCGUUCCAUCGGUGGGGUGCAGAGCUUGAGGGAUGAUCUUGCUAACAAACCCGCGGGGUAGACUGGCUGGGGCAGCGUGCUCGUAGGUGGCAGGUGCAGCAGAGUCCGGCGUGUUGCUCGUACCAGGUUGAAGGACUUCGUUAACCAGCGUGUUAGCAGCCGGGCUAGCCCUUUGCGUCGCAUUGCUCCCCAGAGGACUCAAAGUCCCCGCUCUUAAUACAGCAAGCUGAUUCUUUUCCUUCUGCUCAUCCUCGAUACUCUUGAUGGCCGCUCGCUCCUCUACUGCAGGUGCGAGAAUGUCGAUGUCGCUGAAGUCUUCCUGCUUUACAGCGCGGAUCGAGUAGGUGUAGACACCGACGACAAAAACAGCAACAGUUGCUCCAACUAUGGCAUUGCGUACAUGGAAAGGUCGGCGUGCACGAUGAAGCGCUUGUGACAUUCCGUAACCGUCCGGCCUGUAUGAGUCCGCUGCAGGUCGUACGCCUUCGCCGGCUCGUGAAACAGCACCAGACAUAGCUGAAUAUGGUCUGACGCUAUGAUUGGCUCUCUAGCGAAAGAGAUAGGAACACUAUCCCGGUCAGUGAAUGCUG